AUGGAGGUGGACGAACCCGAACCCACCUUGCCGCCUUUGCCAGUCCCGGACGAACUGCCCGCCUUUACCACAUAUAUCCCAGGGGAACGCAAACGGUCUCGUGGCUGCUAUGCCCCUCCUCCUCCCUCGCCUGGUAUGAGCAGUUCUAGUGACCCUGCAUACUUCUCGAGCGACGAUGAUCCAGCUCUGGAUAACUACCUGCAAGGACGGCGAAAGAGGCGAUAUGUGGGCUCGUGGUUCGACCAAGUACCGGCAUCCUCCGACUCUGGCAUGGGCGACGAUGCAAACCCCGGCCCAUCGUCAAAUUCCCGACACAAGCGGCACUUGAAGCGACAACCAGAUAGCGGCGUUUGGGUUGGCCAAGACGGUGCAACCGACACCGAUGGCGAUAUCGACCUACCGCCACUGGCUGCGCGACUCGCUCUCUCAUACCCAGCCAUCAAGCGUAUACCGACACUUAGUUCGGAAGAGCAACGCGCACAAAACGUUGUAUUGGCAUGUGUGGACGAUGGCCGGGAAGACGUCGACUUGAGCCAAAUGGGCUUGGCCUCGAUCUCGGACUCCGUUCUCGAACCACUUGCGGGCCUGACUCCGAUCCCAGUCGUGGAAAAGGAUGUUCCGUUCGUACCCAGAGACCCGGUUCUUAAGCUUUUCUUGGGAAAUAAUCAGCUGGCGAGGUUUCCCAGCGCUCUCCUCGACUUUCAGCACUUGACCGUGCUCAGCCUUCGAAACAACAGGCUGACCGAACUGCCGCCCGCCAUCUCAAAGUUGAAGAAUCUCACAACCCUCAACAUCGCCAACAAUCGGUUGCGUCACUUACCAGGAGAGCUGAUAAAUCUAAUGGGGUGUGCCAGUGGACUUCACACCUUGAACAUUCACCCUAAUCCCUUUUUCCAACCAAAGCAUCGGCAACACUUCUUGGACGAUGACUACCUACAACACAAGUACGAAUGUCGCACAACGGGGAGGGAUCCCGGUAUUUACGGAUUGUUACGAGAAGGCUGCGAUCGGGGCGAAUACUUCACACUCUUCACUACGGCACUACGCGCCCGCACACCGGUCCAGUUCUCCAACAGCGCCGGCCACGUUCUCAGCAAGUUCAUUUUCCCCGAUAUGUCUCAGCGUCUCACGGAAAGCUCGAAGCAGCUUGAAACAGAGGACUUUGGAUCGAUGGCUAUACCACCAAUCGUUAAGCAACAUCUUGAAUUGCUGGGGGAGUCAAAGCGGACUUUCCGACCCAAAGGCCCGUCCUCGCUUCUCGCAACAGCAAUGCGAGUUGCCGCACGCUCCAAGGACACAGAGUCACUGCCAGACAUGAUAAGGGCUGAUGGGUGCCCCUCGCAUCUUGCUGAUCCGCUGGAGCGUGCCAUCGUGGUCAGUAAGCUGGGUGGUCAGCAUUGCACGGUUUGCAAGCGGGAGACCCUCUGUCCUGUAACCGAGUGGAUCGAGUUUCGCGAGAUUCAGAACACGAGCGUUGAACGGACACUAUCGGCGCUCCUCCUGGUCGCGCUGCCAUCAGUGGUACGCGCUGUCUUCCAGGACGAGGUCGGCCACAUCGACUACCACCACGAGCUUCUGGGCCUCCCCCAGCGCGAAACUACCUUCUUCCACAAGCCGAGGCGAGACGACAAGGCGAGCCUGCUCUACACCCUAAGCGACGUUGGCGUGCUCGGCGCCGUCAACCCCAGCAGCGGUGCCGUCCUUUGGCGACAGCUGCUCAAUGGCACCGUCACGGAUGGCGGCGGCUUCUUGCGCGCGGGCGAAGGCCAGAACUGGUUGGCUAGCGCCUACGGCCAGUCGGUACACGCUUGGGACGCCGUGAAUGGGAGGAACAAGUUCUGGAUGGACUUUGCGGGGGAGGUCAAGGACCUGGAGAUCAUGGAGAUGGCGGAAAACAACAGGAAGGAUAUCUUGGCUUUGUUCGACGAGAGCGAGUCGACUGUGCUCAGGAGGCUGAGCGGCAACGACGGGAGGGUCGUGUGGGAGUUCAAGGAGAGCUCCGGUGACGUGCCCCUCCAGAUCAGCACCAACGUGGAGAAGGUCUUCGUCAUCAGCCUUCGGGGAUCUGCCGGCGCCUAUAACAUCAAGGUCACUGUUCUCGAUGCCCUCAGCGGGAAGCGCGAGGACGAGAUGGUAAUUGGAACCAAGGCCGAUGUUCACGACAAGGACGAUGUCAUUCUCGUCGGUGCCAACUCGGCUGCCCCUAUCAUCGCGUGGACGGAUGAUGUCCGCGGAAAGCUACGUGUCAGUGUUCUUGGGCAGAAGACGCGCCAGGAAUUCCCCCUGCCGGCCGACACUGUCUCCGUCGAGAUUCAUGCUCCCCAUCUUGUCCAGUCUCUGCCGCAUUUCUUGGUGCACAGCAAGACCCCGACCGGUCAUACCGCCGAAGUGUACCACGUCGAUCUUAGGACGAGUGUCAUCACCAAGGCUUAUCAGCUCCCUUUUACUCCUGGACCCGGCGCUUUCUCCACCAGCUCUAACGGUGCGAAUGUCUACUUCACUCGUAUAACUGACGAGGAGUUAAUCAUCUUCUCGUCUGCCUCGGACACCGUCCUUGGACGCUGGCCUCUGAAGACCCCCGAAACCAGGCUGGUUGCCCUUCACGGAGUCUCUGAGGUUGUUAAGAAGCUCGGCUCCGACAGCUAUGCCGUUAGGUCGGCCGCUGUCACUGAUACUGACGAGUGGAUUCUUAUCCGCAACGGAGACGUCGCCUGGUCCCGUCCUGAAGGCUUGACCGGAGCUGUUGCGGCCACUUUUGCUGAGAUUCCCGAGAGCGAAAAUCUCGCCAAGACUCUGGAACAGGAGGCUCACAGCAACCCUCUCGAGGCUUAUAUCCAUCGCAUCAAGCGUCAUAUUGAAGACCUCCAGUAUCUGCCUGCUUACCUCAACAACAUCCCUGCCCGCCUGAUGAGUAGUGUACUCGGCACCGAGGUCUCUACCCACGAUGGCAAGCUCGCCCGUGACAGCUUUGGCUUCCACAAGCUCGCUGUUUUGGCUACGAGGCGCGGUAUGAUCUACGUCCUUUACGCCGGAAACCAUGGCAAGGUGCUGGCUACCAAGAGGGCCUUUGACCUGCCCAAGGGCCAGAAGUGGGAUGUUGCUGGAAUCAAGGCGGAUGACUCGACUGGCAUUGUCACUAUUCUUGGAAAUAACAAUGAUGAAACGGUCGUCAAGCUUCUCCCGAGUACUUCGGUGUUCACUAUGGAGGUGUUUAGCAAGGGACCGGAGGGAACUCCUGCGACCCAGAGCGCUGCUCUUCUCAACACCGCUACUGGACCGCGUCUCUUUCCCGUUGGCUUGGACGGCGAGCUUCAGGGGUUGACCUCUGAUAUUCUUCCCAACCAGAUCGCUGUUGUCCGCGGCUCCGAUGGAGAGCUGAAGGGCGUCGCAAUCGCCGACGGAAAGCAAACCGUCUCUUGGACUUUCUUGUUGCCCAAGUCGCAGAGAAUUGUCGGCAUUGCUACCAGACCUGCUCACGACGCCGUAGCCUCCAUUGGUCGCGUCCUCGGCGAUCGCACUGUCAAGUACAAGUACCUGAACCCUAACACUCUUGUCGUUGCCGCGGUCGAUGAGAGCACCAAGGUUCCUUCUCUCGUUAUCUAUCUCCUCGAUACUGUCUCCGGACAGAUCCUGUCGUCAUCCAAGUAUGAGGGUGUUGACCCCAAGAAGCACAUCGAGUGCGCCAUGGCAGAGAACUGGUUCACUUGCACCUAUUUUGGCCAGUACCGCGUCAGAGACGGCGCCCAAUCUCUCAAGGGAUACCAGAUCGUCGUCUCCGACCUGUAUGAGACCGAUAAGCCCAAUGAUAGAGGUGUUCUCGGUGAUGCCGAGAACUUCUCCUCUCUGGGGCCCAUUGAUGCCCCGGGUGACGUCCCUCUGCCCUCGGUCGUCUCGCAGACCUUCAUUCUCAGUGCCCCCAUCUCCGCGUUGGAGGUCACGCAAACCAGGCAGGGUAUCACCUCUCGCCAGGUGCUGGCCUACCUUCCCGAGACCCACGGCAUCGUCGGCAUCCCACGCAUGGUUCUCGAGCCCCGCCGCCCUGUCGGCCGUGACCCUACCCCCGCCGAGAUGGAGGAGGGCUUGGUCAAGUAUCACCCCGCUAUCGAGAUUGACCCCAAGAGCGUCCACACCCAUCAGAGGGACGUGAUUGGCGUGCAGAAGAUCAUUGCGGCGCCCGCGAUCGUGGAGAGCACCAGCUUAGUGCUUGCUUAUGGCAUCGAUGUGUUUGGGUCGAGAGUGGCGCCGAGCUUCUUGUUCGAUAUUCUCGGCAAGGGCUUCAAUAAGGUCACCCUUAUUGGAACUGUGUUGGCGAUUACAGCUGGUGUGAUGGUGUUGAGCCCGAUGGUUCGGAGAAAGCAAAUCAACUCUCUCUGGGGUGCUCCAAUGUGA